AUGCUCCGCAAUACUCUCCCCACGCUUUUGGGCCUGGCAUCCGUUUCUUCCGCUGCGCUUUACGAAACCAAGAUUGAGACCAAAUAUGGCUCGGUCCAGGGUUAUCCGGCUUUCAACAGCAGCAAUACCGGUAACCUGACGCACUGGAAAGACAUCACUGUGUGGAAGGGCAUUCCGUUUGCUGCGACUACCGGAGGUGCCAAUCGUUGGAAAGCACCGCAGCCCGCAAGUCCAUGGAACGGAACGCUCGACGCGCGCAACUGGGGCCCUGUCUGCCCUUCCGCUACGACCGGAGACAACAGUUACACCAUUAACGAGGAUUGUCUCAAUUUGAACAUUUGGAGUCCGGCCAACUCUACCGACGCCAAGCUGCCUGUGGUCAUGUGGAGUUAUCCCGCCGAGUCAACUGCGGCAGAUCCUCUCUUCGACGGCGGUGGUAUGGCUGACAAGGGGAUCGUCUUUGUCAAUUACAACUACCGGACUGGGCCUUUCGGAUGGCUUGCCCACUCUGAGCUCUCGGAAGAAUUUGAGAAGGUGACUGGGUCCAACAGCUCAGGUAACUGGGGAAUGCUAGAUCAGUUCGCUGCUUUGAAAUGGAUUCAUGCCAAUAUUGAGGCCUUUGGUGGUGAUCCGAACCAGAUUACAAUCCAAGGUCAAUCGGCAGGCUCUGCAGCUACCCAGCAUAUGCUCUACAGCAACUUGACCAAGGGGCUGAUUGUUGGUGCCAUCAUUGAGAGUGGUGUUCGUGACCCCCAUGACCCCCUUUGCACCAGCCUUGCCGAAGCUUAUACCACGCUGGCUGAUGCGCUGGAUGAUGGCAAUACCUACCUCUCGAACCUAGGAGUGUCCAGUAUCGCUGAAGCCCGUAACCUCAGCAUGGAGGCAUUGAUUGACGGAGCGACUGGGUCCACUCGCGAAGAUACCCUCAUGUUCGAGGCAGUCCUUGAUUAUUACGCCAUGCCGGAUACCUACCUCAACAUCUUGAAGAAGGGCCUUGCUCACGACGUCCCCGUCAUCACCGGUAACAACAAGGACGAGAAUGGCGCUACCUACGGCCUCGACAUCUCACUCGCGGAGUACCUUGAGGACCUCAACGAAACCUACAGUGGGGAGUGGGUUGAGCGGUUCUUUGAUCUCUAUCCGGCCAAUGACUCGACGACCGCUUCAGGCGCAUACAACUCUAUGUUCACCGACCGCUCCAAGGUGGGCACCUGGCUCUGGACCCAGAUGUGGUACACCAAGAAGAGCAGCCCGGUUUGGAACUACUUCUGGGACCACGCUCCCCCUGGCCAGAGCUCUGGCGCUUAUCACGAGUCGGAAAUCAACUAUGUAUUGAACAAUCUCUAUGCCACCGACAAACCCUGGACUGCCGAGGAUUAUGCCAUCGCCAAGAAUAUGAACGACUACUGGGCCAGCUUUAUCAAGACCAGAAACCCCAAUACUCAAGCCGAAGGUGCUACCGAGUGGCCCGCAGUGAACACCUCCAAGCUGGUGCAGCAUGUCGGCGAUGGAUGGGGUCAGAUCCCAAUUGCCUGGAGCAAGAAGGUCAAGCUUUUUGAGGAUUGGUUUGCCACCCUUGUGGCAUACUAA